AUGUCACAAACAGAAGCUCCAUGGCAAUCAAUUGCUCGUCGCAAGCAGCAAGAACAGCAAAACUCCAUACCCAAAGACUGGAUCCUUAGAACUCGUCCAGCAGCCAAUCGCAACAACGUGUUGGCCGUCCCUCGAGAAUGUGGUCUCUUGAGUACCCGAGAGAUUGAACUGACGGAAAAAUAUGAUGCCACCGCGUUGCUAAAAGAGCUAGCAGCAAAGAGGUUGAAGAGUGUGGAUGUUGUUACUGCAUUCUGUAAACGAGCAGCUAUUGCCCAGCAAUUGACAAGCUGUCUGACUGAAAUCAUGUUCGAUGAAGCAAUCGCCAGGGCAAAGCAGCUGGAUGAACACCUCGAGAGGACCGGAAAGCCUUUAGGCUCUCUGCACGGCUUACCCAUAUCAGUCAAGGACUCCUUCAAGAUCAUUGGUAAAGACGCAUCUAUUGGUUAUGCAUCUUUGUGCUUCAAACCUGCCGAGUCCAAUUCAGCCCUGGUAGAAAUGCUUCUACAAGCUGGAGCCAUCGUUCACUGUAAGACGAACAUCCCUCUCACACUGCAAGCGCUGGACUCCCAUAACAACGUCUUCGGCCGCGUGCUCAACCCCGCGAAUCUGAAUCUCACUGCUGGUGGUAGUUCAGGUGGAGAAGGAGCCUUAAUCGCAAUGCGUGGUAGUGUCCUGGGAGUGGGCACUGACGUAGGAGGUAGCAUCCGCAUACCAGCGAUGUGUAACGCACUCGUGGGCGUGAAGCCUAGUCAUGGCCGUAUACCAUACGCUGGACAGGAAAAUGGGAGUAUCCCUGGCACUGAGGCACUGGGGAUCAGAUCUGUUGCUGGUCCAAUUGCUCAUAGCAUCAGAGACUGUGAGCUGUUCUUCAGAGCCAUUGGAGAUUUGGAGCCCUGGGCUUUCGAUCCCGAGUGUGUUGCGCAAACCUGGGAACAGCAGGUGGUGCGCAGUGCUCUUAGGGCGCCAUCACUAUCUGACCACAUGAGAAGGUUGAGAGUCGGCAUCAUGACAACCGAUGGCAUCACGACUCCGCUUCCACCUGUUCAGACAGUUCUGGAGGAGAUUCGUACUACAUUGAAGAGCGAUGCUGCGAUCGAGAUCGUGGAGUUGGAUAUCACCUCUUUGUUCUCGCAAUGUCAGACAAUCGCCAAUGGCUUGUUCGGAGUUGAUGGCGCGAACGCAGCUUUCGAUCUGAUGGAGGCCACCUCAGAACCAAUAUCACCGUGGCUCAAGCCACGCCUACGCCGUAAGAAGAGCCUGACAGCGGAGAAGAUACGCGAUCUUCAAGCACGACGAAAUGAGUUGCAGACGCGCUUCCUCAAUAUUUGGAAAUCAGAUGGCGGUUACUGGAAGGACGCAACAGGAAGCGCCAGCAGCCUGGAUGUCUUCAUCUGCCCGAUAGCGCCUCAUCCAACCCCAGCGAUCGAUACCUGGAAUACCGUCUCGUAUACCUCAUCGUUCAACUUACUCGACUAUCCAGCGGCAACGCUGCCUAUCCGUCCAAUCCGAGCUUCGGAUCUCAAUGCUAAGAUGACUGAUCAGUCUUCGGCACCGAAUGGCUGGGAGAAGUAUAACCGCAAGCUUUGGGACGGCAAUCGUAGUGUAUUCCUCGGCGGCACUUUGUGUGUGCAGGUGGUAUCUCAGCGAAAGCAAGAGCGGGUAUUGUUGCAAGCGUUGACGAAAUUGCAAGACUCGCUUGCAGGACUAAAGGAAGAGAAGGCGGUGAAGUCAAGACUGUAG